AUGCCUGUUGCUAUUUUAUUUGAUAAUGUUCCACAAGAAAAUCUUAAUGGAACAGAAAUUUGUACAUUAAAAUCAAAUGUUUUGUUAUUAUUAGCAGGAUUUAUAUAUUUUCCAUUACUCGAAGGAAUAUUUCCAAUAUUAUUAGCGAUUUAUUUUUGGUAUAUAACAAGAAAACUAGUUAAACGUUUAAAUAAUCAUUAUAUGAUGCAAAGAUUCGAUAGACAAAUAACUCGAACAUAUAUGUUUGAAAUAAUUGUAAAUGCAAUAGCAUCGAUGCCAUUUGCUACAGUUAAUCUUUAUCGAUCUUUAACAAAUGGACAAAAAAGAAAUGAAAAUGAAGAAAAUAUUGUUCAAUUUGUUCGUCUUCUUGCUAUAUGUUUAUAUUAUAUUUAA